ACGGGCGCGCCGCGGGGAGGCCGUACUAGUCGGGCGGUUCCGGCGACCGCGCUGAGCCGCGGGGGAGGGGCGGGGGACGCCCGUGCAGUCGGUGCGUCUGCCCUCAGUGAGGCGGGGCGCGCGGCGGACGCCCCCGGGCAGGGGCGGGAGUGGUUUGGAGGGGCCGGGCGGUUAGCUGUGAAAGGGGCGGUGAGCGAGCUGCUCCGGUCUCAAGGCGAGGCUUGGCCUCUGGAGCAGAGACGGGGGGAAGCGGCGGCGGCGGCGGCGGCCCUCGGGCCGGCUGGUGAGGCGAUGGCGGCGCCGGCCCCGGGGGCUGGGGCAGCUUCGGGCGGCGCUGGCUGUAGUGGCGGCGGCGCGGGCGCCGGCUCGGGCUCUGGGGCCGGGGGCCGGUUGCCCAGCCGGGUGCUGGAGUUGGUGUUCUCCUACCUGGAGCUGUCCGAGCUGCGGAGCUGCGCCCUGGUGUGCAAGCACUGGUACCGCUGCCUGCACGGCGAUGAGAACAGCGAGGUGUGGCGGAGCCUGUGCGCCCGCAGCCUGGCAGAGGAGGCUCUGCGCACGGACAUCCUCUGCAACCUGCCCAGCUACAAGGCCAAGAUACGUGCUUUCCAACAUGCUUUCAGCACUAAUGACUGCUCCAGGAAUGUAUACAUUAAGAAGAAUGGCUUUACUUUACAUCGAAACCCCAUCGCUCAAAGCACUGAUGGUGCAAGGACCAAGAUCGGUUUCAGUGAGGGCCGCCAUGCGUGGGAAGUGUGGUGGGAGGGCCCUCUGGGCACUGUGGCAGUGAUUGGAAUUGCUACAAAACGAGCCCCCAUGCAGUGCCAAGGUUAUGUGGCACUGCUGGGCAGCGAUGACCAGAGCUGGGGCUGGAAUCUAGUGGACAAUAAUCUACUACAUAAUGGAGAAGUCAAUGGCAGUUUUCCACAAUGCAACAAUGCACCAAAAUAUCAGAUAGGAGAAAGAAUUCGAGUCAUCUUGGACAUGGAAGAUAAGACUCUAGCUUUUGAACGUGGAUAUGAAUUCCUGGGGGUUGCCUUUAGAGGACUUCCAAAGGUCUGCUUAUAUCCAGCAGUUUCUGCUGUAUAUGGCAACACAGAAGUGACUUUGGUUUACCUUGGAAAACCUUUGGAUGGAUGACAGUGGCUUUCUUGGGAUGAAAGACAGAGUGGAGGAGAUAUCUGCUUGUGGGAAGUAGAAUCAUGAAGUGACAGUGUCAUACAUGCAUGCCCAAGAAACAUCCUGAAAAACACAUGAUAUUGUUAACUGGAGAAGCAACUCUACAGCAGAGAUGAUCUUAGUGUUUCCUCUUUCUACUGGGCCAGAAAAAUCCUCAGGGUUGCAGUUGGUUGAGUGGGCAGUUGACAUAUGCAUGUUUCAACAGAUUUUGUCUCUAAGUUAGCAACGUGUUAUUUCCAACUUUUAAGGUGAGAUCAUAGAGAUGGUGUCAAAGGGAUAAGAUAAGGAACUAGCAAGAGUUUUUAAGUAGUGUGUUUGUGAAGAAAGAUUGAUCCUGUUUUACAACUGCCUGUUUUUUCUCCAGACCCUUUUUUCCAACCAGCUUGACUAUUGGAAAAGUAUGAAACUGGUUGGGUUUUAUUUAAUAUUUUUAAUAUAUUGAGAAGCAUGGUCUGCCUGGACUGCACUUCUCUAACAGUGAGAUAUAAAAUUGUGCAGCUAUUUUAAAAGUUGUAUAUACAGUAUGUGUGUAAAAAAAAAACUGUUAAAACAGGGCAAAGGAGUUGCUUUGUUCAGUUUCUUAAAAACCACUACAUGGUACAAAAUUAGGAAAACAUUAGGGACAGUUUGGUAACUACAAAGAAGAGGAUUUUGAGAGAAGAUGUGUUGCAUCGGCUCGUUUCGUAUUAUAUUUGGCUUACAGUUUCCAUGGCUGUUACAGUCUGAUUUAUUUUUUUAACCAUCAAAAUUAUUGUAAAGGUCCCUCGUCUCCAGGCUAAGAUUGAGGGAAGGCAAAUCUAUUUCUAAUCAUACAUAUAUCAGUAAUAAUAAUGUGCAUCUUAUAGUAUCUGGUUUUAUUUUUUUGACCGUCUGAGAAAGUGUCUUGUAAGAAUAAAGAACAUUGCCAUUUGUUCUUAUAAGCCUCAAAUAUGAAAGUUGUUAGUCACAGACCUUAAGAAAAUAAUUGAUCAAUGAUCCUUUAUUUUGUAACUUUAUAAUGCUGUAGAUAUUAUAAUCUUUUUAAGUUCAUAUUGUUUACAUCAUGCAACAGUCUAAGCCUCAAACUUGUCAUUGGGGUUGUCAAGAAAAUGUUUACUCACCCACCUGAAACAGUGCCAGCCUGAACCCAGCUUAAGAAUGUUCUUAAUCUCAUUAUAGAUAAUUGCCCCCAUGGGACUUGAAAUAAAAGACCUUGUGCUGGAAACUUCAGGUUGGCAAUAUUUUGAGGGUUUCAUUGUAGUAGAAGAGUUUAACAUUAAUUCCUAUUCAGAAUUUUUGACUAAUCUGAUUUCACUAAUAGUUUUUCAAAUUAAUAAUUCAACAUACAUGAACUGAAAAUUUCUUUUGUUAGAAAAGAAACAGAAACAAGUAUCUUUCUGUAUGAAAGUAUAAAUUGUAUGGUUUCAGAUACAUCUUUGUGAUAAGAAUUGACUAAGGCAAGUGGGAUCUUUGUACUUUUUAGGUUUUGCUGUAUGCAUAUUUUGUUUUGCAUCUAAUAAAAUUAGGGACAGCCAGCAGUUGGCUGGGGUUCUUGGGUUGCUCCUUGAGAGUUAAUAUUAUCAGUACUCCCAUGAAGCAAGGGAUUUCAGUCAUGAGCAAAGAUUUCAUUUUUGCCACCUGAAAGGUGUACAGAAGUAUUUAUUGUAUAUUUGGUAUGUUGCUUAAAGGUGAAAUCUGUAAAAGAUCCUUUUUGAUACCCACAUCAAGGAAGAAACUUCCUAGGAACCAUAUUUAAUACUACAGAGUGAAAUUAUAUGUUAAAUAUAUUAGAGAAUAUAGCUGCUACAGAAAUGCAUUUUUUUCUUGGUGUGGAACAACUCAGUUUGGCAAACGUUAAAAUUUAAAGAAGAGAUCUGAUUCAGGAUAAAUAUUGAACUAAUUAGAAAACUAGAUUGGGAUAUGAUCAAUUCCAAGAGCUUUUGCUCAGAGCUUUUUUUAUAUCUUACGUUUUGUCUUAUUAGUAAACAUUGAUUUGUAACAAAGUUUUGAAGGUGCUGAAUGAAAAACAGAAACACAUGGUUAUUGCAUAUUGAACCUAGAAUCCAAUAAUUGCCUAAAUAUUUAACAAAAAGCCAUUCUUAUCUCAGAGAUUUAAAUUCUUUAAUAUCUGAUUUGCAAAUUUUAUAAAAUAAAGGUUCUUGUUUAGCAUGAGCAUCAGGGGAGUAAGGAGCUUUCCUUUAUAACCGGGUAAAUUGUUACCGGAUACCAAUAGUAGUUGUAUAGAAUACUAAGACAAACUGUUCCCGUGUUUGAGGAAAUGGAGUCUCUUUUUCACUGCUACUGAGAGAGCACUUAAGUAGAAGACAGUUACGUCUGAACUAAAUAAAAAUAAUCUAAACCAGUGGUUCUCGACCUUAGCCAUACUUUGGAGUCAUAUGCAUUUUGAAAAAUAUUGAUACUUGGGUCCCAUACCCUAAGAUUCUGUUGUUGGUCUGGGGUAUGACAUGACAAGAGGAUUUUAAAAAACUUCCUAGAUGAUUUCAAUAUGUUGCCAAGGCUGAGAACCACUGAUCAAGAUUCACCUUAAGUUUUCUCAUCUGCAAAAAAAAUCCUUGCUCCCUCCCUUCACUACCUCACAAGGAUAUUGAGGGUAAAGAAGAAAAUAAUGGGAAAGUGCUUGUGCUGUGGAUAAAAAGUGCUGUUGAAAGGCAAAGCUGUAUUUGUUGUAUUUCAACUGAAACUGUGAUUAGGAAGAAAUGUGUAAUUGGAUCUGCUCUGUUGACUUGGGAAACCAGGAGCACUCUCUUUGGUUCUUAACUUUAGUGAAGCAUGCGUUGGGUAAGAAAACAUUACUCUUAUUCAUACUAUGGUCUUCUGUCAUACUUGAGAUAGACUGGUUUAAUUAUCUGGUUUCACACAGGAAAGAAGAAAUAUUAAGGUUUAAAGUCUGUAAUGGUCAAUGGCUCACAAUUCAUUAAAACUUUUCAUACAAAGA